AUGUGUAGAUGUAAAGGUCUGCGAACCUUUUCAAGUAAACCAGAUAUGUGUAGAUGUAAAGAUCUGAAACCCUCUUCAAGUCAACCAGAUAUGUGUAGAUGUAAAGGUCUGAAACCCUCUUCAAGUCAAACAGAUAUUUGUAGAUGUAAAGGUCUGAGAACCUUUUCAAGUCAACCAGAUAUGUGUAGAUGUAAAGAUCUGAAACCCUCUUCAAGUCAACCAGAUAUGUGUAGAUGUAAAGAUCUGAAACCGUCUUCAAGUCAACCAGAUAUGUGUAGAUGUAAAGAUCUGAAACCCUCUUCAAGUCAACCAGAUAUGUGUAGAUGUAAAGAUCUGAAACCCUCUUCAAGUCAACCAGAUAUGUGUAGAUGUAAAGAUCUGAAACCCUCUUCAAGUCAACCAGAUACGUGUAGAUGUAAAGAUCUGAGACCCUUUUUAAGUCAGCUAGGGUUGCAAAAGUGA